AUGGCCACAGUGCGGAUCUGCGUCUGCGGAGACGAAGGCACCGGCAAAUCCAGCCUCAUCGCGUCCCUCGUUAAAGACGUCUUCGUGAGCCAUAAGAUCCAACCCGUACUGCCCCAAAUCACCCUCCCGCCGAGCAUCAGCACCCCCGAAAAUGUCACCACCACCAUCGUCGAUACGUCGGCGCGUCCCCAGGACCGCAACACCCUACGGAAGGAGAUCCGUAAGUCCAACGUCAUCCUCCUGGUGUACUCGGACCAUUACAGCUACGAGCGUGUCGCCCUCUUCUGGAUGCCCUACUUCCGGUCCCUCGGCGUAAACGUUCCCGUCGUGUUGUGCGCCAACAAAUCCGAUCUUACCGACAACACCACCCCGCAAGUUGUCGAGGACGAGAUGCUGCCGGUGAUGAACGAGUUUAGGGAGAUCGACUCCUGCAUACGAGCGAGCGCCAGGGAACAUAUGAACGUUAACGAGACCUUCUUCCUGUGCCAGAAAGCCGUCACGCACCCCAUCGCCCCGCUCUUCGACUACAAGGAAGGGAAUCUGAAGCCUGCCUGUGUGUCGGCCCUGAAAAGGAUCUUCUACCUCUGCGACAAGGACCAGGAUGGCUACCUCAACGACGGCGAGAUCAGGGAUUUCCAGGCCAAGUGCUUCAACAAGCCCUUGCCGCCCGAGGAUCUGGAGAACAUCAAGCUGACAAUCACCAAAUCGGGUCCUUGGUCCGACACUUCGAGGGGUGUCGAUCUACGUGCCUUCCUUCAUCUCAACAAGAUAUACGCCGAAAAGGGUCGCCACGAGACCAUCUGGAUAAUCCUCCGUAAAUACCGCUACACCGACAGUCUUAGCUUGGAGGACAGCUUCAUCCGCCCCAAAUUCGAUGUGCCGGAGUACGCUUCGGCCGAGCUGAGCCCGGAUGGCUAUCGGUUCUUCAUGGACCUCUUCUUACUCUUCGACAAGGACAACGACGGGGGCCUGAACGACGGGGAAUUAAAUGCCCUGUUUGCCCCUACCCCUGGCCUGCCCUCCUCUUGGGUCGAGUCCUCGUUCCCGUCCACGACGGUUCGCAACGAAGCCGGCUAUAUCACGUUACAAGGAUGGCUUGCUCAGUGGAGCAUGACCACGUUUCUAGAGCCCAAAACUACUAUAGAGUAUCUUGCCUACCUAGGCUUCGAACCUUCGAACGCUAGGGAAUCCCUUACUUCAGCCUUGAAGGUGACGAAACCUCGCAAGAGAAGAAAACGUCCCGGCCGUGUGGAACGCAAUGUUGUGCUCUGCUACAUUAUCGGUGCAGCCGGGGCUGGCAAAUCAUCGCUUCUCGACGUAUUCCUCAACCGGCCAUUCGACGGCAUAUACAACCCCACCAUCAAGCCCCGGAGGGCAGUCAAUAGCGUGGAGCUCCACGGCGGCAAGCAAUGCUACCUGAUCCUGGAGGAGCUCGGAGAGCUCGAGCCCGCCAUCCUAGAAAACCAAGCCCGGUUGGACUCGUGCGAUCUCAUCUGCUAUGCAUACGACUCGUCAGAUCCGGAUUCCUUCUCCCACAUCGUUAAUCUGCGCAAGCGGUACCCGCAGCUCGACGAUCUGCCAUCCAUCUACACUGCCCUGAAGGCGGAUAAGGAUAAGACGACCCAGCGAAGCGAGCUGCAGCCCGACCAGUACACGUCGAGCUUGAUGAUGAGCACGCCGCUCCAUGUCAGCGUGACAUGGAAUAGCAUUGCCGAACUGUUUGUCGCGUUGGCCGAGGCCGCAACGAAUCCGAGCACGGCAUUCCCAAAGAGCGAGGAGCCGCCGCCAGAUCGGACCAGUCUGUACCUCGCCCUGGGCAUGACUACAUGUGCAGCCGUUGCCGCCUUUAUGAUUUGGAGGAGGUCUACGAACUCUCUCUGA